CCUGCAACUGGGGUGACCUGUGACUAUUGUUGUCUUUUCUUCUGGCCCCUCUCUUCUCUAGCGGUGGUCUUCAGCCUGCCCUGCACCCGGGCCACCGAGGCCUGUCUGCGGGCCUGCCCUGCGGCCUGCACUUGCAGUAACGUGGAGCGUGGCUGCUCAGUGCGCUGUGACCGUGCGGGCCUCCAGCGGGUGCCCACUGAGUUUCCGUGUGAGGCGGCCUUCAUCGACCUAGACCGGAAUGGGCUGCGCAUCCUGGGCGAGCGGGCCUUCGGCACGCUGCCAUCGUUACGCCGCCUGUCGCUGCGCCAUAACAACCUGUCCUUUAUUACGCCUGGCGCCUUCAAGGGCCUGCCGCGGUUGGCCGAGCUGCGCCUGGCGCACAAUGGUGAGCUACGCUAUCUGCACGUGCGGACCUUCGCGGCUCUGGGUCGCCUGCGCCGCCUGGACCUGGCGGCCUGCCGCCUCUUCAGCGUGCCCGAGCGUCUCCUGGCCGAGCUGCCGGCCCUGCGUGAGCUCACCGCCUUCGACAAUCUCUUUCGCCGGGUGCCCGGCGCGCUCCGUGGCCUGGCUAACCUGACGCACGCGCAUUUCGAGCGCAGCCGCAUCGAGGCUGUGGCCUCCAGCUCGCUGCUGGGCAUGCGGCGUCUGCGCUCGCUCAGCCUGCAGGCCAACCGCGUGCGCGCAGUGCAUGCCGGGGCCUUUGGCGACUGCGUGGCCCUAGAGCACCUGCUGCUCAACGAUAACCUCCUGGCCUCGCUGCCUGCCGCCGCCUUCCGCGGCCUUCGCCGCCUGCGCACCCUCAAUCUGGGCGGCAACGCGUUGGGCAGCGUGGCGCGCGGCUGGUUCUCCGACCUGGCAGAGCUCGAGCUGCUUUACCUAGAUCGCAACAGCAUCACCUUUGUGGAGGAAGGCGCCUUCCAGAACCUCUCGGGCCUCCUGGCCCUGCAUCUCAAUGGCAACCGCCUCACUGUGCUCUCCUGGGCCGCUUUCCAGCCAGGCUUCUUCCUGGGCCGCCUUUUUCUCUUCCGCAACCCUUGGCGCUGUGACUGCCACCUGGAGUGGCUGCGUGAUUGGAUGGAGGGCUCUGGGCGUGUGGCUGAUGUGGCAUGCGCCUCCCCUGGCUCUGUGGCCGGCCAGGACCUCAGCCAGGUGGUCUUUGAGCGCUCCUCUGAUGGCAUCUGUGUGGACCCUGAUGAGCUGAACUUCACCACGUUCAGUCCAGGCCCGAGUCCAGAGCCAGUGGCCACCACUGUGAGCAGAUUCAGCAGCCUCCUCUCCAAGCUGCUGGCCCCAAGGGCCCCUGUGGAGGAGGUAGCCAACACCACCUGGGAGCUGGUCAAUGUCUCCUUGAAUGACAGUUUUCGGUCCCAUGGAGUGAUGGUCAUGUGCUACAAGGCCACGUUUCUCGUCACUUCUUGCCUCUGGCUCAGCCUGGCCCAGUAUGUGGUGUUGGGUCUACAGAGGGACUGACUGCCACACUGAAGUGACCCAAACCACUCUGGCCAAAAGGGGGAAGGUUUGCCUGGUGUGUCUGUAGUAAGUGGAGAGGGAAUAGGAAUGGGAUUGGUGAUUAAAGUUCUUGCUCAGUGUGUGGAAGAAACACUUUGUCUCCACAGAUAGCCCUAUGCAGAGAGCUCUGGAAAAUGCCACUGGAGUGGGUGUAAAUUUCUGCUUUCCUCACAUGGGCAUCCACUGAAAAAGAGAAGAAUGAACACGGGCCCUUUGGAGGGUAGAUGGGCAGUGGAAGUUCCUGGGAAGUACUCUCCUACUUCACCAGGCAACAGGGCCUACAGGCCUAAAUUAAAGUAGAUCUCAAUUGGCUAAGUACGAAGAACGAUGUCAGUUCUUCUGUCUCAGUAGCCCAUAAACCCAAUCCCCGUCUUUUCUAACAUGAUACUUCUCCUUCCCUUUAUCCCCAGGAGCUUGGGGACAGCAAGGUUCAGGAAGAUGGACGGCAUUAGAGAAAGGGCAUGGAAAAGAGACCUAGAUCCAAGGCAGGCGGUUGUUGCUGAGGUCUGAGGUGUGUGUUAAGAGGCAUUUAAAACAAAGAUUCAUUUCUGUCACAACUGAUCCCUCAGUAUGUA